CGCUGAAUUUUUGUAUCUCAGAGAUUGUUUUAGUUUUAGUUUUCCUUCCACAUUUGAUUCUUCUGUGUGUUCGCGUUCUUCUGGCCUCUGGGCCUGCCUUCAUUGCCAUUGUUUCUGUUUCGGUUCUGUCUCUGUUGAAUUUCGUAUCGUAUCGUAUCGUAUCGCUGAGCGAGAAAUCAGUUUGACGUUUUGCUUUGACAAGCAACCGUCGUCGAUCGGGGGAUCGUGGAUCGCGGAUCGCCGCUGAAUCUCGUGAAUCUUGGGCGUUCUUUUCUCGCCGUCGCCGGUCGUGUUUUCUGAGCAGAAUUUCCACUGGCCGUAAGCGGUAGUAUACCACCCAAAAGUUGCCCGAGUCCAAGUUGCACCACCCGCUGACCAGCGGCGCACCCGAAAAAUAUUUAGUUAUCUCCGUGGCCGCAAUAAUCGACAAUCAUAUUCCCCCGAUUCCCCCGAUUUGUGAUCAAUAUAUAGAAUCUAGAGUCUAGAGACUGAUAUAAAUAUUAAAAUAAAAAAGAGAAAAGAAGAAGGAAUACGUAUACGUAUAUAAAAUAUCAGAAGCAACAGGCGGCGAGGCAACAACUACCAGCUAAACGACAAAUUUUUGGUUUCGUUCUGCGGAUCAUGUGACCAGUAUCUCCGCUGGCCAUCAGUCAAUCAAUCAGCGGACCGCAGCCCAAAAAUGUUUCAAUUAUGUUAUCGCCAGCAACAACGACAUCGUCCAGAAUCGAAACCAUCGAAUCAGAAGCCAAGCCAAAACCAGAGCAGCAGAAACCACAAGGAGGCAGCAGCACUGCCAAGGUCGUCGGUGGAGCGAGAUUAAGUUGUGCAAUCCCGGGAAUCCUAGUCCUCCGUAGACCACAAUCGGAACGAGAAAAGGAACAGGAACAGGAAGAGGAACUGGAAACGAAACUAAAACCAAAAUCACAAGGCAACCGAGAGCAAUUUAGCAUAGCAACCGCAAGGGAAUUAGCCAGGCCAGGAUCAGAAGCAGGACUUCGCCAUGGGCUGCUCGCCAAGUACCCUGCCCGCCCCCUCCUCCGCCUCCGCCGCUGGCCAGACGGGCGAACGAGGAUCCCUUCCGCUGGACGCCUCUGAAAAGGAUGAGAGUCGGCUGUUCUGCAUCAAAUUGCGGCGCAGUCGCCUGCGUCGCUGCAGCUGCGGGAACGUGACCUUGCAGCCACCCAGCGACGGAAAUGGGAGCACGACGGGGGAUAACCUGUGUGGCCAGGUGCUCCUCAAUCCGCUGCAGACCAAAAGCGAGGCCGACUACGAAAAGCUGAGCACCGGCAAAAAGGACUCGAUUGUAACGGUGGCCGCCCUGGGCAACUUUACACACAGCGUGGUGCGACGGGCCACUGGCAGCACAGGCACAUCGGGCACCAGUUCAUCCGGCGGCGGGAACAGCCGUCCAGGUCACCGCAAAUCAUCGCUCGCCCUCGCCCUCACCCCGGAAGAUGAGCCGAUGGAUGUCUACCAGCGAAAUCUCAUGGACCUGAAGUAUCCAACCGUACUACCACCGAAUCCCCCACUUAAGGCCCUCCUGGUUUUCCACAAAUCGGACAGCAUCUGCGAGGCGGUCACCGCGGCCUGCCAGCGCCACCAGCUGGACGUAACGCUGGUCAAGUCCAAGGAGGAGGCAUUGGACACCCUGCAGAAGUCGUAUGCCACCGCCCAGUGCUACCACCUAAUCAUAAUUGAUGCGCGUUCUACCAAGAACCUGGAUGCGGAGCAUAUUGCAAGAACCAUACGUCACACACACGGCCACCAUUUAACGACAAUAAUUGCAGUCUGCAAGAAGAGUUUCUUCGAAAAGGAUGAUGUGCUAAUUGCUCUAUUGGACGCUGGCGUUAAUAGAUGCGUAGCUGAGACGACCAACCUGGCCAUGUGCAGUGUGGAACUGAAGCAGAUACUGCACUCCAUCAUCCGGCCGCACAAUGUCAUGUCCACUCAACAGGCCCUCUACACGGCACUCCAUCGGCUAAAGGAGGUGGUCCUCAUCACGGACGACUUGCUGAGGAUUCAGUACGCCAACCGUGCCACCGAGAGGCUGCUCAACAUGCGGCUGGACGAGAUCAUUAGCAAGCAGCUGGAGGACAUAUUCGUGUCGGACCUGUCCACCAUCAGUGAGCAGUGUAAGAACAUCAAGGAGUUCGACGGCAUCCUGACGGUGCGCAGGAAGAGCCAGGAGGGUAUCCCCAUGCACGUGCGAGUGGUGCCAGUGGCCUGCAUAGGAAGCGCACCCACGCAUCUGAUUUUCAACUUUGAUGUGCCCGGCGGCCAGAUGGAUUUCAUAGCCACGCUGCCGCAGCCCAAGGAGGCGCCUCGGGGCUCCCUGCACUCGGUGCGGAGGUGCAGCUUUGAUGUUCGCUCCAUCGCCUCGGACGGAUUGCGAAGGACCAGUUUGGCCAAGUUGACAUCGCUGCCGCUGGAGGCCCCCAUCACUAAAAUAAUCAAUUUACUAUCACAAGUACAGGAGAAUUGUUCGGCCGAUGAGGCGCGUCUCAUAGACAAGGUCUUGGAGUUCCUGAAGCGCGAGGGACUCUACAGUCCGCAAAUGAAGGAGAUACGAACGGAUGAUCCCAUAGCCACCGAUCUGAUUGGUGCCCUGCUAACGGGACCCAGCGUGUACUCAUCGCGCCGCAGCUCGAAUGACUCCAUCAUACGCACUGGCAGCUCUACAAGAACUGCUACUAUAGUGCCCGCCAAAAUGAAGUCCAAUCCCAUCAUUAUGGAACUACUUGACGAAUCUCUCAGCUGGGACUUUGAUAUUUUCAAAUUGGAGGAGAUCACCGACUACCAUCCGCUGCUCUAUCUGGGCAUGGAGAUGUUCCGCCGCUUCGACGUCUUUGCCACCUUGAACAUCGAUGAGAACGUUUGUAAGGCCUGGUUGGCCGUAAUUGAGGCCCACUACCGCAAGGGCAACACAUAUCACAACAGCACCCAUGCCGCGGAUGUCAUGCAGGCCACUGGCGCUUUCAUCACCCAGUUGACCAACAAGGAUAUGCAUGUGAUGGAUCGCAUGGAAGAAGCGACUGCUCUAAUUGCCGCCGCUGCCCACGAUGUGGAUCAUCCGGGCCGCUCAUCCGCCUUCUUGUGCAACUCUAACGACGCCCUGGCUGUACUGUAUAAUGAUCUGACAGUGCUAGAGAACCAUCAUGCGGCCAUUACCUUUAAGCUAACUCUGGGCGACGAUAAGAUCAACAUUUUCAAGAACCUGGACAAGGAGACGUACAAGUCGGCCCGCAGCACCAUCAUCGACAUGAUUCUGGCCACCGAGAUGACUCGCCACUUCGAGCACCUGGCCAAGUUCGUGAGUGUUUUCGGAGGCGAGGAGCCGCGCGAGCACAAUCCCCAGACGGAUGAAGAGACGUCGAUACUCAUGCGCCGCAUGCUGAUCAAGGUGGCCGAUGUGAGUAAUCCCGCCCGGCCGAUGCAAUUCUGCAUCGAGUGGGCCCGUCGCAUCGCCGAGGAGUACUUCAUGCAGACGGACGAGGAGAAGCAGCGCCAUCUGCCGAUCGUGAUGCCGAUGUUCGAUCGGGCCACCUGCAGCAUACCAAAGAGCCAGAUCGGCUUUAUCGAAUACAUCAUACAGGACAUGAUGCACGCCUGGGAGAGCUUUAUAGACAUGCCGCAGCUGAUCACCUACAUGCAGAUCAACUACUCGCAGUGGAAGAAGUACGACGAGCAGGGCGUGAACACCCUGGCGGAGAUCAUGGCCAAGCAGCCGCCGGUGGGCAAGAUGGCCAACUCCAAAUAGCAUACGGCCUUCCGGAGAUUGUUCUCGGGUCUACUGAAGCCACUGCCGGCCCAGGCGCCGGGCACCUCCACGAUUGGCGAGAACGAGAUGGAGGACGUGCUCUAGUGACGGCGUCGAAGGUCCUGCGACGUCUGACUCCGGACCCGCAGUCUCUCGGCCUGAUCCUCUCAUCCCGGUUUGAAACCCAUCUGCAAGAAUCCGCUCCCUGGACUGCCCACACAUAUCCACAUCUCUCAACGGACCAACGGACCAGGGGGGCGGUACUAAAUGGUGUGCCAAGUGGUGUCACAAAAAGGCGGUAUCAUACAUAAAAACAAAAACAUAAAACACAACUAACUAAGGCAAACAAGUAAACAAUUAUUGGGCUGGACUCAAAAUUAAAUGUUUAAGAUGCAUCACAAGAAGCGAACUUUCUAUUUCUAUAUAAAUAUACCAUGUGAGUCUGUGUGUGCGUGAGUGUGUAUGUCCCCAUCCAUCCCCUUAUAAAUGUGUAUGUGUUUAGGCUAACAAAAGCAGACUAGCAUGCUAUGCUAGCAGGUUAGCAAGCUAGCAUACUAGCAAGAAAUCCCACAGCAUAUUGACCAGAAUAUAUAUAUGGCGUGCGCUCAAUUGUACCUGGCAACGGUAUAACGUAUAACAGUAUAACGGUUCUGGUAACGCUAUAGCGAUAUUACCAAAACCAAGUGUUACAAGCAUGUAGUUCUCUCCCAUCAUGAAGACAAUCUCUGUUGAAUACUGCAAAGCCAAGUAAAUAUAGUAUAAUUGCUGUCCAAGUCGGUAUCGUUGGUAUCGGAAUCGAAAUCGGAUUUGGGUUCGGAACGAGUACAAGGCCAUAGCUAGACGAAGACUAUAUACAUACACAUAAUGCGUGCGAGAUCACGAGAUCGAGAGACAAGCACUAAAUAUAAACUACUAUCACUAUCGACUAGCUAACAACAACUACAAGUAAAACUGAAACAAACUAAUUCGAAUCCACUCUUGAGACAUAUGAAAUCCUAUGGGGCCCCUUUUACUACCUAAUUAUCUAGUUACCUAUUUUCCUAACUGAAGAAAAACGCGAAACGAUGAGCUAUCCUAAUUAAUACUAUUAAUGUUGUUUAGCUUUCUAAGCAUACGGUAUGAGAAAUCAAACUAAACGCAAAUGUUUAACAAUUAAGUGAAAUCCUUUUUGAAAUCUUUUUAUCUAAUUGACUGAACAAAUUACAUUUACAUAUAUAAACCAGAUCUAUUAAUACGAAUUGAUAAUACGUUCUUGUUAUAACAAAAAAAAAAAAAAAGAAAGAAAAU